UUAAUCUGAAAACAACACUACAACCUCCCUCCGUUUUUAGCCGGAGGUUACCUCUCCACAUAUUUCCGUCAAGAUUCACACUCUUCCCAUUUCAUCGCUACAUCAAAAUGCUUUGAAGCUUAAUGGUUUCCAGAUCUCUUUCCUAGGACUUUUGACUAAAUCAAGCACAAAGGAGAAUAUAGGUGUAAUGGCUUCAGAAAAGGAUAUAUUCGAGCUCUCAGGGCCCUUACACUUGACUACUGUUGACUGGACUGAUGUGGAUCACCGAAGGAUGAUUGCUGCAUCCAUGGUUCAAGGUGUAUAUAUCAUGCAGCGUGACCGCCAAGAAAACCGUCAAGUGUCCGAAGCUCUUGCUCCUCCUUGGUGGAACUUCUUCGAUUUUGAGUUGCACACUAAACUCAUAGAUGAUGCCGAUUCGUCCAUCUUUGGUGCCAUCUAUCAAUUCAAACCCAAAGCGUUACCGAACAACACCCUCUCCACACACUCAACCCCGUCUCAUAUCAUUGCUUUCCGGGGCACUGUAACCAAAGGCGAUGCAUUCUCUAGAGACUUGCAAUUAGAUCUCCAUUUUGUCAAAAACAUAUUGCAUCAAUCAUCAAGAUUUGAGAUCGCCAUGCAAGCUGUGAGAAACUUGGUUGCUUCUGGAUCGCCAAAUAUCUGGUUAACCGGCCAUUCCCUUGGAUCGGCCAUGGCCAUGCUUGUGGGGAAGAACAUGGUGAAAAAUGGGGUUUUUCUUGAAUCUCAUCUUUUCAAUCCACCAUUCGUUUCGCCCCCAAUGGAGAACAUCAAGAACAGGAAAGUGAAACAUGGGAUCAGAAUCGCUAGCAGUUUCGUGACAGCAGGACUUGCUGUUGCAAUGAAGGUUAAAAAGAAUCAUGAGCAAAGAAAGAGCGGUUUUCUUGAUUUGGCGGGAUGGGUGCCGUGUUUAUAUGUUAAUCCAGGCGAUCAUAUCUGCUCAGAAUACAUCGGGUAUUUUGGACAUCGGAGAAAGAUGGAGAAGAUAGGGGCAGGAGAAGUGGAACGGUUGGCGACACAGCAUUCGAUUACGGGCCUGUUCAUGGAUGCAAUCGGGAUGGAAUCACAUGAACCACUUCAUCUUCUUCCCUCCGCAAAUUUGACGGUAAAUUUGAAUCGUGCUCGUGAUUUGAAGGAAGCUCAUGGCAUUCAUCAAUGGUGGAGAUAUGAUCAGCAGCUGGAAUCCAGAACCUACAGGUCAUAAGCAUAUGAUUGUAAAUGAACCGAACGUUUAAUAAACUGUUCGACAGGAAGCUUGUUUAUUUGAGAAAUGAAACCUGAACAAGAUUUUUUUGUUUGUUUGUUUGUUUGUUUGGUAUGGGAUGAUGAGGUAGUAGGGAGUAAGAAUUGUUUAAAGUUUUAGGGUUUUAAUAUCUUUUUGAUAAGAGUAAUUUAGUAAUGUAUUAUUA